CAGUGAUAGAUUUUUGUAUACACUUUGAUAUGAAAGAGUAUAGUAUAUAUUUUUUCAUUCUCUGAGGUAAAUUUGCUGUCAUCUGUCAAUAUUGUCAAAUGGUUGAAUGACAAAAUAAAAUUACUCUAUUGUCAAUAAAGCUGAAUCCUGUACUUUUUUAAUUAAUGGUGUUAUUUGCUGAAGGUAGUAGUGUCGACAGUAGGGCAUCAAAAACGGUAAAAACUCUUGAUUAAUCUAAAAAAUGGCCGAUUCCUUGGAACCUCCCCCUCUUUUUGAGAAUGUCGAUAUUUUAGGAAAUGAAAAGGAAGAUGAAGAUGAUAAUCUUUUUAUGUCAGCGCAUCAGGAACCUAUGUCACAUAUUGAAAAUAAUUCCAAUUUUUCUAAAACAUUUGCUGAAGCUGAAAAUGGAAUUUCCAAAAUGGAUUUGAAAGAAUCUAAAGAGGAAUUAGAGAGUGUUCCAAUUAAUAACAGUUCGAGUCUCCCAUCAAGUAUGGAACAGGUUGAAUCAAAAUUAGCAGGAGAUGACUUUCUUGAAAUAAGUAUCACAGAACCUCAAAAAGUUGGAGAAGGUAUGGGUGCUUACAUGGCCUAUAGAAUAACAACUAAAACUAACAUGCGAAUGUUCAAGAAUAAAGAGUUUUCUGUCACUCGGAGAUUCAGUGACUUUCUCGGACUACAUGACAAACUUACAGAAAAAUAUCUGAAAGUCGGUCGAAUCAUACCUCCUGCACCAGAAAAAAGUGUAAUUGGCAUGACCAAAAUCAAAAUGUCGAGUCAAGAGGGGCCAACGGCAAAUGGCAACGACUUUGUAGAACGAAGGAGAGCCUCAUUAGAGAGGUAUUUGAAGAGAACUGCGGAACAUCCUGUUCUGGUAUUGGAUCCAGACUUUAGGGAAUUUCUGGAAUCUGAUGUUGAAUUACCAAAGGCUACAAAUACUUCUGCUUUGAGUAGUGCAGGGGUUAUGAGACUGUUCAAUAAAGUGGGAGAAACUGUAAACAAAAUCACUUACAAAAUGGAUGAAACGGAUCCUUGGUUUGAAGAGAAACUGAACCACGUAGAAGCUCUGGAAACUCAGCUUAGGAAACUUCACGCCAGUGUGGAAGCAAUGGUAUCGUAUAGAAAGGAGUUGGCUAAUUUAACAAAUGGCGUCUCUCGUUCAGCUGCAAUGUUGAGUGCUUGUGAAGAUCACAACUCCCUCUCAAGGGCCCUUUCCCAGUUAGCUGAGACAGAAGAGAAGGUGGAAGCACUGCAUUUGGAGCAAGCUAAUACAGAUUUCUUCAUACUUUGCGAGCUGUUGAAAGAUUACCUUGGUCUCCUGGGUGCUGUAAGAGACGCUUUCCAUGAAAGAACGAAACUGUUUCAGCACUGGCAGCACUCACAACAUAUGCUCGCAAAAAAACGUGAAGCCAAGACCAAAUAUGAGCUGACAAAUCGAAAUGAUAAAAUGGAUCAAGCUAAUGCAGAAGUUGUUGAGUGGGAAUCAAAAGUUGAACGUGGUCAAGACAAUUUCGACAGGAUAUCUCAAAUGAUUAAGAAGGAAAUGGAAAGAUUUGAGAAAUGCAGGAUUCAUGAUUUCAAAGUCAUGUUCAUUAAGUAUUUGGAAAAUCAUUUGGAACAUCAAGCUCAGCUCGUAAAAUACUGGGAAGCUUUCUUACCAGAGGCGAAAGCUAUUGCUUGACUAGAGGAUAUUUGCAAAGAAUAGCAGCGUGUACAUUCCUACUGGAGAUUUACAGAAAUAUGAACUUCUUGUUUCUCUCUAUUCUUUCUGGAAUCUCAUACCUAUCUUUAUUAUUUGGCAAAUUGAGUGCUAUCUCAUCAUUGUAAAAAGGUAUCUAGAAGGCGAAUUAUGCAA